AGGAAGAUGACCUGAACUGUUUUAGUGCUGAAAACAUGCCAGAGCUCCACCAAGAUGUGACGGUCCUAAGUGGCUCUGACAUAACGCUGUCUUGCACUAUACAAGAUUCAAAAUGGUGGACACCUAGUGGUCAAGCACCUCUGAGCCAACCUCAGGCCGGUCUGCUCAUCAAUGACAUCACAUGGCAAGGGUCAAAAUAUAGACCACACAAGACAAAGACUUCCCAGUCUGAGCUUUGACAAGCAUACGAAAGAUGUGGACCUGCCAUCUGAGAUAAGGUGGACUGCCGUCGGUCGUCAGCUGUCUGAUCGUCCAAUUCCCAGUAUGAGGAGACAUCUGGAUGUAGGCUUAUCGUCUCCAAAGCAGCCUCCACUUUCUAAGCCAGAACUACUCCCAUCUCACUCCUUCAGCUCCUCCAGUAGUGAAAGUGAUGACAACAUAAAGCAAGACAGAGGGAAAGCAGAUGUGACACUGAUGCAUAAACACUCAUCUCUUGGUGCCAAUAGUAUGUCUUUUGUAUCCAGCAGAGUUCUUGACAAGUUUGACACACCACCCAGCAGCACAAAUGAGAUUUUGAGGGCUGUAUCUGUGGACAGUAAGGAAAGGAAAGGCCUCAGUGCCCUAAAAGCCAUGUCUUCAGAGAGACGAAAGUGGGACACACUUGACGGGAAGUUAGAUAUAGGUCCAUCUCCUUUAUUUGAUGACUGUGGAUCACAGGGUGACACCAGUUUUAACUAUCGCAGGUCUGAGAAGGACAUUAAGCCUCUGGUCAAACAGUCACUAACACAAUCGCACCUUUCCUCUACUCCAGUAGAUGAGAGAAGAGCUACAGAUUUGUUGUAUGGAAUUCCCUACUACAGGAGGCACAACAUUGGGGGAAUUGAACCACCAAAGGAGGCUCCACCUCCAAUUCCAUCAACACCACCGCCAUAUGAGGCAGUAGGUCUUACAUGGAGAUCUGCUCAGAGUAGCAAGAAACAAGAGUUGCAAGGCACCAGAUCCUAUCUGCAACAGAGCAGAAACACAAAGGAAUCUGACCCACAAAACCUGGCAGUCAGUUUUGACUCCUCAAAUGUGAAUAUUAGUGAAGUUUGAGUGUUUUAUUUUUUAUUACUGCUUCCUGAACACUGACAAAACAAGCAAAUGAGCAUUGUGGAAUCUUAAAUUAGCCAGCAUAUGACACAAAUUUUGUGAAUUAUAUUCAAUUUUAUUAGUAUAAAAGCUUGAAAUGUAAUGUAAAUAUAAAUGUAUUGUGUGGAAAUGUUGCAGAGUAACAUAAAGAGCAUCAUUUUAAUCUUUCAGAUUUGCCUUAUUUCUGUAAAUUGCUUUUCAUAAAGCAUCAUAAAGAUGUCCUUUCUAUUCGAUAUUGCAAUGAUAAUCUGUAUCAUCUUAAUGUAAUGUUUUAUUAAGACACUUAUGAGACCUUAAUAAAACCAUAAUACUGGACAAUGCAGAGCUUUCAUUUGUACAAAAUAAUUACAUCCAAAUAACGAUAGCAAUGGCAGCAUUACUGUAGGAUGGUACUAUGUUUUUUUUAAUCAACAAACUAUUAACUCAAGAGCCAAAAUAUAAGCCAGUAAGUUAAUAAACCCUUUUAUUUAUGUAUAUAGACAUAGGUUAUAGUGAAAACAGACAUAUAGACACUUACAUAGUUUACAUACAUAUAUACAUUUGGGACAAGGGUGUUCAUCCUCCUGCAUUGUCAUGGGAGAAUACUAAAACAUUGAUCUCUACACAGUAUUUGGUAAGCAAUCCAACAAUUACCUCAAUCUUAGAUGUGAUGCUGAUGGUUGAUGUAUUGUCAUGACAAU